AUGGCCAUCUCAGUGCAUUCCUGCCUCAGACCUCCUCCUCCUCCUCCUCCCAAGCUCACAACUCUCCACGAGACCAGUAGCAGUAGCACUGUUGCUCCAGGGUCGGAGAGGAAGGAGGUCCGCUGGCGAAGCCGGUGUGUCGCGACGGCGGCAUGCGUCAUAAUCGGAUCCACCGUGGGGCUCGGAGGAGGCGACGGAAAUGUGCUGGCCGGAGAGCUGAGAGCCGUGGAGGGAUCACAAGUGAGGAUGGCGAUGCGAUGGAGCGACAAGAGGAGGUGCCCACCCUGGCACGCGAAUUCUUUGGAGAACAUAAUGCCGGAGAACCUUCCCCGGCCUUACGGUGGCCGGAGAUCCGAUGGACAUGUAGCAUAUGGGCAUCACACGGCUGCUCCUGUGAUCGGAUCAUUCAUCCAUUACAGAAGCAGUUGCUUCUCUCUGUAG